CUACAUAUGUGUUUAUCAAUAUCCAUUAUAUCUAUCAUUAGCGUGGAAGAUCCAUACUGAUAUGUGUGACAGUAACUGAUAUUGUUCCCUGAUUGAAGCUAGCCGGGUCCCCUACAUACAGUAGGUUACGCUCACGCUGGAUUCUCGGGAAAAGCGCCUGACCUGGAAAGACUGAGAUGUAUGUGUUGAUAUUCGGUAACUCAAAACAUGAAUGUGUGGGGAAUCCCCUUGAGAAGGCUGCAGUUAAAUAGGAGUGGGACAAACACACGACAGCGUGGACAGGAUCUGGGUGCUGAGGUGCACUGUGCGGCGUGUGGGUUGCGGGGUUGAGUUAGAGGCUCCAACUCCUGGUCCAGCAGAGCCAUGCAGCUACUCUACCCCAUUCUGAUGACAGUCAUCUUGGGAACACAUGGCCAGAAUAACUGUGAAUGGGGGAAGUAUGGCAAAAACUGCAGCAAAGAUUGCCCUACGACUUGUAUCCCUGACCCGAAAAGAAACCUCACACACUGCCACAAGGAGACAGGGAAGUGCUCGGAGGGGUGUGUGCCGGGGUGGUUUGAGGAUCUCUGUGACCACCCUUGUACCAAGAACUGCUUGAGAAACACCUGUAAUCGGCAAAAUGGCAUCUGCACGUUUGGUUGUGAUGGAGACUACACAGGAGACUUUUGCAACAGUAUUAGAGGGACGACGGCGACACCUCCCGGGGAAUCCAGCACAUACACAUCGCCGACAACACCGAGUGAAUCCAACACAGAGACAACACCGGACCUGGCUGCGAUACUUGUCCCUGUGUUCCUCGUCCUGGUCGUUGUCAUCGCUGUGGUGGUGAUCAUACUAUUUCUUUACAAACGAAAACGGAAAAGGGGAGAAACCAUAUGGAUUAUCGAUGCAGUGACAGGGAUACUUUCAUGCUGGAGAACAACUGGUACAGAUGGUACAACUGCCAGGUACAGAGCUGGUGAAGAUGAACCUUUCAUGGCAGAGGAAGGUGAAGCCAUUUUGGGGAGAGGUGCUGAUUCACCCUGCAGUUUUGUGCUCUUGACGUCUGGUUCACUAGAACAGAAGAUAAAGGAUGUCCAAGGGGUGUUUGUUGAAACUGAGAGCUUAAAGGAGGCGAGAGUAAAGUUGGAGACCUUUGGCCAUGUGACAUUAAGCGGUGUUCCAGGAGAAGGUAAAACAUCCAUGGCCCUGAUGCUGGGAGCUGAAUACAGGAAGCAGGGGUAUGAGCUGGUACUGGUUGAAGAUGCUUAUAAAGUACAGCUGUCUGAUUAUCUGGAAAAAGGCAAAGACGUGUGUGUCAUAUUUGAUGACAUAUUUAGGACAGUCAGUUCAUAUAUGGAUCUGUCCAGACUUAAGCACUUUUUGUACGACCUCCACGUGCACCUGGAACAGUGUGAGUCCAGAUCAGAAAGAAGAUACCAGCGUCUGCAGCAAGAAACAAGAGAGGAACAGAGAAAGCUGAAUCAACCAAACAUCUAUGUUAUAUUCACUGCAGAAACAAACACUCUUGAGCGUGCAAUGUCAAAUCUAGGAGGUCAACGUAUUUUCAAAAGUUCAUCAGAUGUCAAACUAACUUGUACACAGGGGGAGAAGAAAGCAUUGUGGCAAAAGUAUAAACAUCACUAUGGGUGUAAAGUGGAUGUAAAGAAUGUUUUUGCUCAUACGAAAACGAAUGUUGGUUUUCCUCUAGAAUGCAAACUUUUCUCCAGUUGCUGUGUCUUUCAAAUGCACCAUGAGAGUUUUUUCGAGAAACCUAUGUUUUAUAUCACAAAUCAACUUCGAAAGAUUAUUAGCUCAUUGGAUGACAAGUCAGCUGCGCUCAUCCUGAUCUUACUGUGUGAAGGUCAGAUAAACAUCAGUCAACUGGAGACUGAGGAUACCCGCCCAGGGAAUCAACUGGAUACGGAAUGUGCCCGCCCAAUCAGUCAACUGAAGACAAAAGGUGUCAGUCCAGACAGUCAACUUGAAUCUGAAGGUGCCAGCCCAGACAGUCAACUUCAAUCUAAAGGUGCCAGCCCAGACAGUCAACUUGAAUCUGAAGGUGCCAGCCAAGACCUAGAGGCUCACCUCAAGGGAGUUGCAACUCUUGUGAAGACAUCAACCAGACAGGGUGUAGCUAAGGCUCUCCAGUGUUUCUGUCGAACAUUUUUGACAGAAGCAAACAUAACAGCAUUUUCCCAUUCAAUCAUGUAUGAUGUCUGUGCUUUGGUCUUAUUCAAUUUUGAACCAGAGUUUAUUCUUAAACAUUGCAGUAUAAAGUUCCUCCUUGAGCACGUACAGGAUCAGCAGGUCGACGGUAUUUCUGUCAAUGAACACCAGCUCGUGAUUCCUUUCUCAGAGGCCUACAGAGGAAUAAUUGCUGACAGAAUGGCAGAUGCUAUUGCCAGUGGUGCUUUCAGUAUGUACAUCUGGCAUCCCACAUGGAAACGAAGAGAAAUAUCUGACAAAUUAAAUCAUAUGUUCACAGAUCCAACUUCCUUGUCUGAUGAUAUCAAGCAGAACAUUCUCGAGUAUGCCUGUUUCACUGGGAACAAGAAUAUCCUAAAGAGACUUCUUCCUCACUGUGAAAUCAAUAGGCCUGGGUUGAAUGGCUGGACACCGGUGAUGUAUGCAGUUGUCGCUGGACAGAUAGAAUGUUUUGACAUCCUUGUGGAAAGCAAAUCUGACAUCACUUUAUGUGACAGGAACAACUAUAAUUUAGUGCAUUUGGCCUGUCAACAUGGGCAUAAGUCCACUGUAAAACAUGUAAAAAAAGCGCUCAAGAAACAUCUUUCUCCUGAUUUGUAUCUCAAUCAGUAUAUUAAUGGACGAGGAGUAAAUGACUGGACACCAGUUAUGUGUGCAGUGGCGUUUGGGAAGGAGGAUAUCUUAGAUUAUCUUACCAAAAAAGGGAAAACAUUUGAAAGGAAAAAGCAAAACAAAGUUGAUUUCAAAUUAUCAGAUAUCCACAAAAACACUGUGCUUCAUCUUGCAUGUUGGUAUGGAAACAAGUCCAUUGUAGAGAGUCUGCUCCCCCACACAGAUAUCAAUGCACGUGACAACAAUGGACAGACACCGGUUAUGUGUGCGCUAUUGUCUGGGAGGAAGGACAUUUUCGACCUUCUCGUUUCAAAAAAGGCUGACCUCACAUUGACCGAUGAUGACAACUGCAAUCUUCUUCAUGUGGCUUCUCGCGUUGAUGAUCUAUCUCUGUUACCAUCAAUAGUGCCAAAGUUUGACAUCAAUAGUCGGGGAAAACACGGAUGGACACCACUGAUGAGGGCAGCCGUAGAUGGAAAUGUGGACGUAUUUCAGCUUUUCCUUCACACAGUGGACCUAGAGCUGGAUACACCGAAGGCUGACCUGAGGCUGAAAGAUGAUAACAGCAACAAUCUCCUCCAUCUUGCAUGUCAUGGAGGAAAUGUCUCCAUUGUGAAACUAUUACUGCCAAAGUUUGAUAUCAACGGUCGGGGAAACAACAGUUGGACGUCGGUGAUGUUUGCAGCUGACAAAGGAGGAGAACAUGUCGUCAAGUUGCUUGUGUCACAGGGGGCUGAUAUAAGAUUGAGGGAUGAACAAAAUAAUUCUGUAUUACAUUUAGCAUGUUUUGGUGGAAAUAUUUCCAUUGUGAAAUAUCUAUUGGCAUGCAAGUGCACUGAUAUCAACUGUCUGGGAAGCCAAGGGAGAACAGCAAUAAUGAUCACAGCCUUGGAUGCAAAACCCGCCCUGUUCGAACUACUUUUGUCAAAGAAGGCCGAUAUCACACUGACUGAUGAUGAUAAUAAUACUGUAUUACAUCAUGCCUGUCAGGGUGGGAACUAUUCCAUUGUGAACAUUCUGAUAUCAAAGAUUAACAUCAAUACUUCUGGAAAACACGGCUGGACACCAGUCAUGUUUGCAGCAUGGGCAGGAAGGAAGGAUAUGUUCGAGUUGCUUGUGAAGCAGAAUGCUGACCUCACUUUGACUGAUGACUACAAUGACAAUGUUCUACAUUUAGCAUGUCAGGGUGGGAGCACAGCUAUUGUCAAAUGUCUUGUGAAACUCGGUGACGUUAAUCGUCGGGGAAAGAACAACUCGCCAGAAUCAAUACAUGCAGCGAUAUCAGUGUUCAGUGGAAAUAAAGAUCCUCGAGAGGGUAAUGCACCGAAGGAAGAUAUACAAUCAUCGACUUCCCCGGAGAAUGAUAAUGCUAUCUGUGUAGUCGGUCAAAGUGGAAAGGAAGCCACCGUGAAACAAGAGAGUGGCUACUUUGACAUCAACGUUAAAGGGAGGGAUGAUCAGACUCCACUUAUGAGGGCAGUGUGUGGAGGCGAUAUGGACGUGUAUAUUUUCUUGUUGUCCUGUGGAGCUGACCAAACUCUGGUGGACAAGGAUGGACACACUCUUCUACAUCUUGCUGCUCAGCAUGGUCAGCUUCAUAUGGUGAAGUACAUCAUAGACUCUUUUGACAUCAACACAAAAGACAAGGCUGGCUUGACACCUGUCAUGACGUCAGUAGCAUCUGGCAAUGUUGCUGUGUUCGAAUAUCUUAGGAGAAGAGGCGCUGACUUGUCUUUAGUUAACAAUGCAGGGAAUGAUGUGUUGAAGCUCGCUCGUGAAGUAGGAUGCAGACAAAUCCUGGAACAACUAGAACCAGCAAAGAAGGCCAAACGAUUCUCUAGACUGAAGGAUACGAAGGUUGUCAAACUGUUCAUUCAAGCUAAGAAGAACAUGCAUUUACAUUCAGAAAUAAGCUCAGAAGUCACUGGUGAGAGUUCAAGUUCACCCAAUGAAAACAGCAAUGAUCUUGAUUUGAAACAAACAGACUAAUCUGCAGAAACAUUGCUACAUCUGGCUUUUCGUAUAGGCAACAUGUGAAUCGCCCAUCCAUCCGGUGAUGAUAGCAGCUGUUUGUGGACGUGAUGAUGUCUUCCGACUUCUGGUGUCUCACAAGGCACAUCUCGCUCUGGUUUCAGACAUAGGGGCAUAAUUGAUCUCUCUGACGCGGUCAGGCAACAAUAAAGAACUUGUCAAACACUUUGAGAAAUAACAUGAGAGAAAAAAGGACGUUCUAUCAAAUGAAAAUCAUAUAUUGACAUUCAAUCUGCUUUGAGUAUACAUUCAUGGUGAACUCAGAUGUUCACAUAUCGACAGACAUUCUAGUAAUGUUUCCAGUGUGUAUGCAACAUGAUUUGUGUUGUUAAUGGUGUUAGAAAAUAUGGAAAUUAAACCGUAGUACUGUG